ACCGUCUCGCUUCCAUACCUGACACCAGAAGAGAGGCAGAGCGAGACGCUGCGAGGCAUCCGAAAGACCAUCGCGUCGGAUUCAUGGAGGGUAGCGUGAUCGUCCUGUCCGUCGUGGUGCUUCUGUUCGCGGUGGCGAGCGCCGUCCUGGGGUUCAUGGCGGAGGCCUCCAAGCUCACUCCGGCUGACAUCAAAUACUCCGGCGGCGUGUGCGUCUACCCGGCCAAGCCGGCACACGUGAUGGGGAUAUGCGCGGCGGCCCUGCUGGCGGCGGCCCAGGUCAUCGCGUCGGCGGCCGGUGUCUGCUGUGGCUGCUCCAAGGUGCCGCGGGGCGGCGGCGCUGCCGGCCCCAAGCUGAAAAAGGCCGUCAGCUCAGCUAUCCUCUCAUGGGUGGUGGCCGUGGUGGCGGCGGCGUCCUACGCGCAGGGCGUGGCGUGGAACGCGGCCACGACGCGCGACGCCGUCACGGACGGGUGGUUCAUCAAGUGCCACUACCUCAAGGGCGCCGUCUUCAGGCGGGCGGCUCUGCUGGGCCUCGUCGCGGCCGUGCUCGGGAUCUGCUCGUACGCCAUGCUCCGGGGGCCGGCGUCUGCGGCGGCCGAACCCAAGCCCGACGGCCAGCAGCAGCCGGCGGCUGGCCAAGCGCAGAACCCACACCACCCGCCUCCUCCUGCGCAAGCAGUGUAAGCGCGCGCGACCUGAUGCCAAGACACGAGGGCUCGAUCGAUCUUCUCGACCGUGUUGGGUCCCAUUCCGAGCCGUGGUUCCGCAUCUCUUUGUGUAUCUGAAAAAUGUAAGCGUGCAAUCUUUGAAUGAUUUGUACCAUGUGCGUGAGUGUGGAGUGGUUUUGUUAUUAGUGAUUCGGUGCUCCUGGCCUCUUUUCUUUUUGAAAAAAAAUAGUAUUGUGUAAAGAUUCAUCU